AUGUCACAAUUUUUAACUAAUAGCUCGAUGGAUCUACUGGCGUUCUUCCUCAUUGGCAAGCUAUUGCAGUCGGACGAAGAUAAUUCCAACAUCGUCAUCAGCCCCCUAUCAGUGUACCAAACUCUGGCCAUGUCAGCACUAGGUGCAAAAGGCUCCACUGCGGAUGGCAUCUGCAAGCUUACUGGCGUUAGCUCGGUAGAUGAUCUCCUCGGCGUCGACUACAAUUCCGACGCUAUGUUGUUGGCCAACUCUGUCUGGUCGGAGGUGCUUCGUGACGACUACUUGAAAGCAGUUGAAACUCGUUUGCCCGGUUCAAGCGCACACCGUGAAGUGCCUACUGCAGCUGAGAUCAACCGCUGGGUUGAUAAUAAUACCAAGCAUCUCAUCGGUCACAUUCUGGACGAGGAUCCCUCGCCUGACGGCGCUGUAUUAGUCAAUGCGGCCUACUUCAAGGAUUCUUGGCUGGCCAAAUUUAACCCUCAGCUAACUAGACCUAUGAAAUUUGAGCUGCCGGGAGGUGGGUCGAAGUUGGUUCCAAUGAUGGUGGCCGAGAGCAAGGACAAGAAAGGAGGCAUGAAGAUCUUUGACUAUUACUCUGAUGGUGAUGUCCAGGUCGUGUCUAUCCCCUACACUCACCCUGAGUACUCGGCUAUUAUUGUAUUGCCUAGUACAGCAAACAAGCGUCUUGUCCUCGACGUGAGUUCCUAUGAGUCGUGGCUGUCUGGAAUGAAACGGACGCCCGGCGUGCUGAUGAUGCCCAAAUUCGAAGCCGAGUAUGGUGUGGAGGACCUGACCGGCGUCCUAGCGGAAGGAGGUCUGCAGCUGUCGGGUGACUAUUCUGGCAUGUCUGAUGGUCCCUUGCAAAUCAGCAACGUCUUCCACAAGGCUGUUCUUAAGGUGAAUGAGGAGGGAACUGAAGGCUCCGCAGCUACAGCUAUGGUCAUGAACCGUGCCUUCGUGAUGCCACCGCCGAAUUCGUUCGAGAUGGUAGUCAACAGAUCGUUUUUCUUCAUUGUUAAGCACAACCCCACCGGGCGUAUAGCAUUCUUCAGUCGCAUCAACGAUCCAUCCAGUGCCGAUGACGAGAAGUGUCAUUGA